UCAUGGAGUCCGGUCAGGCUGCCCCACCGCGGGGCCCUCAGCACCGCCGCCGCCUCCUCCUUCUCCACGACCCACCGCCGCGUUUACCUCCGCAAGCGCCGGGACUCGCCAGCCCCGGCGACCGCCGGAGGAGCCUGGGCUGUGGCUGUUCAAAUGAAAAUUGUAUGCAAACAUUAGAAGCAAGGAAUGUCAAUAUGCAAAGGACCUCGUCUUCUGAUUCUACAGAUUCAGGCUGCUGUAUGGAUUCUCCUACCCUUCUUGGCAUGAAAGACCUUGAUGAAACUUUUCGGGUGCCCAUGCGAAGAAUGCAUUCCCUCCCGCACAACCUUCUGGGAUGCAGUCCUGCUCUGAAGAGGAGCCACUCAGAUUUGCUAGGUUGUGACGUCUUCCACGCGUGUGGCCCCGAGGAAAACAAAGAGAAUGAACCCUUUGAAUUUAAGAAACCAACGAAACCAGCUUCUCGUAGCUGUCUGCGGACCUCGUCCCUUGAAGAUGAAAAAGAUGCUUCAGAGCAGAGGCAAAAGUCUGACACAGCAUUUACGUUUUGUAGCGGUGAAACUACUGAAAAAGAUCUUGGAGGCUGCAGCCCAGCAUUCCUGAGGCGGCGAUCUCGAAAGGCCUCGGAAAUAGAAGAUGAUGAUGAUGAUGAUGGGUUUUUAGAGAUAAUUGAUGGUCAGGAUGUCCAUAAUGAUGAAGAAAUGCCCUCUGAUGUGGCAAGCCUUUGGACGGCUCCUCUAGUUAUGAAGAAAGGAGAGGGUACCCAUAAUAAACAGUGCAGGUUGUUGAGCCUGGAAGGCAAGCCGUACAGCAUGGCCAAAGCUGUCCUGAAAAGAAUGGAGAGAUCCCAUGAAGAGAAUUCACCAGGUUUCAGCAAAAGAAGGCGAAAUGUCUGUGGAGCACCUUCUGAAGAACUAACGAGUCUGGUUCUGGUUGGGACGCAGUCAUUGUCCUCCUCCUCCUCCUCCUCCUCAGCUGAGAUAGAGAGCAUUUUGGACAGUGACCAAAGGGAUCUUAUUGGAGAUUUUUCAAAGGUUUACCUUUUCCAUACUGUAGAUGGGAAACACCAAGAUCUGAAGUAUAUUGACCCAGAAAUGAUCGUUGCAGUUUUGAAUGGCAAGUUUUCAAGGUUCAUUAAGGAGUGUGUGAUCAUUGACUGCCGAUACCCCUAUGAGUUUGAAGGAGGCCAUAUCAAGGGUGCUGUAAACCUUCACAUGGAAGAAGACGUAGAGGAGUUCUUGCUGAAAAAGCCCAUCAUGUCAUCUGGCAACCAGCGAGUCAUCAUCGUCUUCCACUGCGAGUUCUCAUCAGAGCGGGCCCCUCGGAUGUGCCGGUUUGUCAGGGAGAGAGACAGGCUUGGCAAUGAGUACCCCAGUCUGCACUACCCUGAACUGUAUGUCCUGAAAGGGGGCUACAAGGACUUCUUCUUAAAAUGCAAGAGCUACUGUGAACCACAGAGCUAUCGCCCCAUGCACCAUGAAGACUUCAAGGAGGACUUACGGAAAUUCCGCACGAAGAGCAGGACGUGGGCAGGGGAGAAGAGCAAAAGGGAGCACUACAGCCGCCUGAAAAAGCUCUGAGAGUGGCCGGCGGGGCAGAGGGCAGCUGGAUUCCGCCCAGCCUGCAAGGGGAAUCUCAGGCGGCACAAGCGGUUACUUCAGCCACGUGCCUUGCAGGACUUAAGUUAUUCCUCGCAUGGUCUUCGCUUCACCCCCCACCGAAUCUCUUCCAAUGAAACAAUGUGGAGCGCUGGGAUUGCUGCCUUGGAAGCAUGGAGGCCGAGAGUCUGCAUUCUGUUCAUGAAUCCUGGGUUUUCCCAUGUGCUUCUCAAGACAAUCUUUGUAAGCAGCAUACAUGUGGGAAGCAGGCGAAUGUAACUGCUCUGUGGAGUCUUCAUUGUAAGAUAGUCGUGUGGAUUUUAAAAUUGUGCCCUUUUUAUUUUUAAUACAGUCAUAUGAAGCUAAUUUUACCCUGAGGCUGAGUUACCUGGGUUGAUUCGUGGCCCUGGGGAGCCCAACCAGCAGGAUGAGUCUCCAAGAGCUCACCUGUGAGCCACAGGUCUGCUUUCUCUUGCUUAGCUCAUGUGCAGGAAAUACUGCAUAUGAGUGCUUGUGAUGAAGAUGUGUGGACAAGUAUUUCCCGGAACUGAAUGGGCUUCUUGGAUCAAAGUAUUUACCUGCUGCCAAACAGGAAUCCGCUUCAGGUUGUCAACUUGCUGUUUUUGACUCCACCUUAACUGCUUCAUAAAAAAAAAAGAAACGCGGUGCUAGAAGUGGCACUUUACAUAAAGGCCGCAGAGCAGGAGGUGACGCUUGAAGUGGCCUUGUGCCAAAGGUAGCGAACUGCAUAAUAUAUUCACACCAUGUGUGUUCAUUAAGGAGGUAGGAUUGUAGCAGGCCACUAGAAGGUAAACCUGGCCUGGAGCAAUCGAGGUGUGUUUUCUCCCCACCCCAUCAUUUCUAACCUGAGGUUUACUGAACUCCUUUAAAGAAGUUGGCUCCCUUGUGCACCUGCUUCAGGGAGGAAGGGUUACAAAGGCCAGUAUUUCCCUUCCUCUUAAAUGACUGAACGCUAAGGAUGGAGCUACCCAAGUGCUUUCUAAGGAGGGCAUGGCCAAAGCGAGGUGCUACGGUAAGCUUGUUGAAGUUGCUGUUUGGCUUUUAUCCCCGUGGCUAAAUGCUGGUGGUAGAAAGGGCUGGAGUAGUUCUAAUCCUGGCAGAUACGUCAGCUCAAGUAUAUGUGUUCAUAUUUACAUGUAACACUGAAAAAAAAUGGGUUCACAAGCUUCAGCAAAGACUGCCCACCCCCACCCCCCCAUACUCUCAUAAGAAACCAGUUGUGGGCUUCAUCUUAUUACCUUGUUAAUGUACUUCCACACAGCAUUCCAGCCACAUGACCAUAGCUACACUUGCUUUGUUGUGGAUGUUAAAUUGUUCAAGCUCCUGUCACACCUCUGACUGCCUCUGUUUAGAGCCCACCAAGACUGCUGGCAAGAGCAUCUUUUUCUAGCGGAAGCCCUUGCUUCGGGGCGUUAAUCAUAGAGCCAGACGCCAGAGUGUCUGCUCCAACCCUGGCAAGGGUUGGCGGUGGCAGCAACGAAGAAGGAAGAAAAAUAGUGCCAGGAAAAGUGAGUGGAGGCAAAGGUGAAAUGCCGUGUCCUUCGGUCACUUGGGGGCUGUGGCAACUAUCAUGGGAAGGGUGGGAGGGGAAGCAGAAAUUUAAGAGGCAGCGAAGAGGUGAAAAAGAAACCUGGGUGGUUGCUGCAAGGGUGUGUCUUGUGCUCCCCCUCCUCCUCCUCCUCCUCCUCCUCCCUCAUGAUAUGAGAAAACGGGGGCAGAAGCCACAUUUUGUACCAUGGGAAGGGUGGGGGAGCCUGGGAAAACAGUAGGUCUACAAAGUGGUGCCAAAUGAAAGCUUUGCACUGAGGCAGCUCAGAAACCCCCAUCUAGCAGUGGUCCCUUGGGGGGCUGCAGGCAAGCUGUGGCUUGACCACCCCUGAAUUAGGCCAUGCUAUUACUUGGCCUCUGCGCAAGUGUUCAGUGUUCCCCAUCCCCCUGCAACUCAAGCGUAACUCAUACAAUGCACUUGAGUGCAAGGCGGCCUCCCAUCCAGCAGUUGGAAGGAUGUGGUCCUCAAACUGGUGAGUGCUUAAACCGGCUGAAUUACUGUCACAAACGCCCAGGCUUUCCUCCAUUCUUUGAAAGGCACCAGCUGUCUGCCAGGACAUUCUACAGUUUCCUUGCUGCCUUCCUGAGAACAUUCUCAAAAGUGCUUAUUCCAUCUCCUGAAAGCCCACUUCCUGAUAUUGAGAUGCAUGUAUUGUUUGUUCCAAGUGGCCAUUUGUCUUUUUAAUUUGACAUUUGCACAUAAUCUCAUUCAAGCUGAGGGCAAAUAAUGUGCUUUUAAUAUAAAUGCUUUUUAGGGUGAGGGGGGAAAUUAAAUGAUAUUAAGGCUCCUGCAAGGAAUCUUGCUGAAAUUAUCUGCUUCUGUGGCCUCAGGAAAUAAAUUGCCCAAUAUGUU